AUGAAUGGAACAGAUAAUGAUCAGCCAUUAACUAAUGCCACUGCUGGUUCUGUACCACAUUUGGAUUCCUGUUUCUUGCGUCAUAGUUCAGCAAAUGUAAACUGUCAGUCGCAGUGCAUUUCUAGUAAAGGUGACGAAAACUGUUUAUUGCCAUUUAAGCGUCUUGAAAUAUUUGGUACUGUCAGUCGCAGUGGAAUAGAUUUUGAACACGCUAUGCAAGAUAUCAAUGACCAAUGCUCAAGAUCUGGUACAUCAGGAAACUCUGACAACAAUUCUACGCAAGUAGUGCGUCAACUUGUGCAACACAAUGAUUCUUUUGUUUCUUUUCGAAAAUGUAGAGAAUGUCCGCUUUGCUUUAUUCGACAACCGCUGAUGAAUUUUCCUCGUAUUUCGUGCUGCAAUCAUCGUUCAUGUAAAAGCUGCCUUGUACAAUAUUUGCAAGUAGAAAUAAUGGAAAGUAGGGUGCAAUUGACGUGUCCAGAAUGCAGUGAACUACUUCAUCCAACUGAUAUUUAUUCGCUGAUGGAACAUUGCCCUGAAUUGAUUGAAAAAUAUGAAACAUUUGCACUACGACGCGUUUUAAUGAUGGAUCCGGAUGCUCGGUGGUGUCCAGCUCCUGAUUGCACAUAUGCCGUAAUUGCAACGUCUUGCGCUGCUUGUCCUGAGUUGCGUUGUGAACGACCUGGUUGUGGUGCAUUAUUUUGUUAUCACUGUAAAGGACCGUGGCAUGCUAGUCAAACAUGCGAUGAAGCUCGUAAGGCUCGAGGAGAAAUAUAUCGAAGAGCAGCACCACAACUUAUGAACUCUCAAGAUAAUAUACUCAAACGUGGAGAUAUCAAAGCUUGUCCUCGAUGUCGAACAUAUAUUGUCAAGAUGAAUGAUGGUUCUUGCAAUCAUAUGGUCUGUGCAAUGUGCAAUGUUCAGUUCUGUUGGCUUCCUACUGGUUGCACAUUUUGGGGAAAGAAGCCUUGGACCAGAAAGAAGAAAUUAUUGUGUCAGAUAGGAACAUUAAUUGGUGCUCCUGUUGGCAUAGCAUUAAUUGCUGGGUUAGCAAUUCCAGGCAUAAUUUUUGGAGUUCCUGUAUUUGUUGGAAGGAAAGUAAACCAGCGUUUUGCUCAUUUAACGAAAAUACGAAGACGUUGUUUGACAGUGGGAAGUGUUGUAGGUUCAUUAGUUGUCAGUCCAGUUUUGGCAGUGAUGGCUGUUGGUGUUGGGGUGCCCAUUAUGUUAGCAUAUGUUUAUGGUGUCGUUCCAUUAUCGCUGUGUAGAAAUGGUGGGUGCGGCGUUAGUAGUAGUUCGUCAAAGUUGGAACAAGAUAAUCUUGAUGACUACGAAAUUUGGCACGAAGUGAAUAAUCGAAGUCGUGAAAAAUCGCCUUUGCUAAACGAUAUUGAACGGCAAGAUGGGACAUCUGUUGUUACAAGAAUGUCUCUUAAUAGUGGUUUGUCGGGCGUACAGGCUGUACAUAAUCGUUUGCAAGUACAAGCCGAACUGUGUCGUCGAAGGCCAAGCAUAGAAUCAGGAAUCACUAGUUUGGGCGAAAAGUGUAAUUAUGAAGAAGCAAGUACAAAAGCCAUGGCGGGUUCUCAAUAUAAUGAUGACAAGAGUGUUCAAACAUUGUGUUCGGGACAAGAAGCAAUUAGUUAUUGCGAAGAAGUUGCAAGUAUUGUUGCUUUAGCGGGUUCCGUGGUUGAUGCUAAAUCACUCACAGAUAGUGCGAGCGGACGUGUAUUUGUGACUCAGAUGUAUUGUCGUGAAAGAGACCUGAGUCCAUCAUCGCAGCAUGCCAUUUCUUGUGAUGACCCUACAAAAUCAGGUGAUGAGCGCUCUUGUGAAAAUCAGCAGCAGCAUCGUCAGGAAGUCGCUGCUCUUAUGCGAGAAGACACCGUCUCAUAUGAAGAUACCUCCAAACGUCGUGGUCGUGCAGUAAGUUCAGUUUCUGCUGCUAAUGUGGGUGUAACACUACUUCAGGUUUCGCAUGGAUCGUGCACCAAUUCAAGAUAUGGGAUUGUUGCUGCUAAUGUUGCCAGUAAUUUAUUCCAUGCUGUGUGGUCUACUCAUUCAAGUGAUUCAAGUAAUGCAAAAGCUGAUAGAUUUCAUAUUCGUGCCCUCUUCGAUACUAUGAAAAGAAUCGUUUCUGAUGAUGUAGCUGCAGAACCUAGUAGAGAUUACCACCGUCCUGUGUUACGCCGUUCAGCUCAAGAAGAUAUCUCUCCCAACAGCAAUGGUUAA